AUGGGUCAGAAGAAAAGUAGACAUUCAUCAGCAUUAUCACUUGAUCAUGUUGUUCUUCGUCGUAUAACAAGUGUAACAUCAUUUCUACCUGAUGAAAUACAAUAUUUUUAUUAUGAUUUUCUCAAAUAUGCACCAUCAGGAUAUUUAACAUUGGCUGAUUUUGAAAAACUUUAUAGAAGUUUGUUUCAACAUGGUACAUCAGACAACUUUGCAAAAUAUGUAUUUCAUGCAUAUGAUACUAAUCGAGAUAAUAUAGUAGAUUUCGAAGAAUUUAUUACCGGUUUAUAUUAUACAACUAAAGCAUCACCAAAUGAAAAAAUUCGAUGGGCAUUUGAUCUAUGUGAUCGAGAUCAAGAUUAUCAACUUGAUGCAAUAGAACUUGACAGUAUAGUUCAAGCUCUUUAUGAAUUAUCUGGUAAUGAUAUGUCACGAGUUGAAACAUAUGAUGAUGCAAUAGAACGUGUUAGAGAAUUAUUUUUAACAAAUCAAGAUGAUGAUAAAAGUACUGAACUUCUUAGUAGUGUCACAAAAAGUGAAUUUGUUGAUAUUGUUCAAAAAGAUACAACAAUUAUGAAAUUAAUUGAUUGUCGAUCAAUAAUUAAUAAACGUGCAAGUAAACUUGAAAAUUCAAAUAUAAAUUCAUUAAAAAAACAAUUAAAAUUCAAACCUUCAAUACAUAAAUCAUUAUCUGAUUCAACAUUAGCGGCAACAAAUAAAAAAGAUUAA